AUGUUGCUACGGCCAGGGCUGUGUCGGGCUCUGGGCCUGCUAGUGAUACUCGUUGUCGAACCGGCGGUCGCAGAUAGAAACGAAAAGAAAUGCGGCGCAGGUCCAACAUCGUACGAUUGCAGCUGCUGCAAGGGCUUGAAGGGCAAAGAGGGCAGUCCUGGUGUACUAGGCAAGCAAGGGCGGCAAGGUGACUACGGUGACGUAGGCUUUCCGGGGCCGCAGGGCAGCAAGGGCGAGAAAGGGGCGGACGGAGACUAUGGAACCAUGGGAGAAAAGGGCACUUUCGGUGAUCGAGGUUUCGCAGGUAUUCCUGGACCAGCUGGAGCUAUGGGUGAACCCGGAGAGUAUGGCUUGAAGGGGAGCCAAGGCCUGGACGGUUGCAAUGGAACUGAUGGAAGGCCGGGGUUACCAGGAAGGUUUGGAUAUCCAGGCUCCAGAGGACCUCCUGGCCCAGAAGGAUCGAGAGGGCCCAGAGGAGAACCAGGAGAAGGAGGUGGGAACUCUAUCGGGACCAAGGGAGAUUGGGGUAUUUCAGGCUACGAUGGACCUCCAGGAGGGCCUGGAUUACAAGGGCCGCCCGGACCUGUUGGCCCUAGGGGACCUCCGGGAUUACCUGGCUUAGUGGGGGAAGCGGGUCCUUGGGGCCCCCCAGGCGACAUGGGCGACGCCAUCACAGGAGACAAAGGACAACCUGGAGAUACGGGAGAUGAAGGUUUGAAAGGCGAAAAAGGAGAUGGGUUCUCGAAAGGAUGGAUCACCGUGAUUAGAACAAGGUUGCAUACGUACAAGGGAGGUCGAGGACAGAAGGGUGAGAAGGGCGAGAGAGGACCGACGGGAAGGAAGGGAUAUAGAGGAGACAAAGGGUAUCCGGGCAUCCCGGGUCGCAAAGGUGAGCAAGGCCUUAAGGGCGACCAAGGCGAAGACGGGCCUUACGGCAAACAGGGCCGGCUCGGCCCAGCUGGACCGAGCGGAGAAAAAGGCGACAAGGGCGCUCCGGGGUAUGAAGGAAUGCCCGGAUUCGACGGAACGAAAGGAGAGAGGGGAGAGUCAGGAAACGGGGGCACUCCGGGACUGCAGGGCAAAGAGGGACCUCCGGGGGUGUAUGACCCUUUCUUUGAUGAACCGGGGAAGACUGGCAGUAUGGGCAGGCAAGGACCCACCGGCUUUCCAGGAGACAGGGGUAUGGCAGGUAUACCUGGACGUCCAGGCCUUUCCGGCCUGAUAGGCGAACCGGGCAAACCGGGACCUCCAGGAUCGGUGGGAUUUCAGGGAAGAAAAGGGAUAUCACCGAAAGGAGAACGCGGCAUAGACGGACUCCCGGGACAGCCAGGACAUACUGGCCCGCCCGGCGAACCGGGACCCACUGGCACUUACGGAGAGAAGGGAUUUCCUGGUGAAACAGUGAUAGGCCCCCAGGGAUCGCCAGGCAUACCCGGCAUCCCAGGAUACGAGGGACGUCUAGGUGAUAGAGGCGAUACCGGCGACGCUGGUCCUAAAGGAUACCCGGGAAAUGGACUGGCGAUCAUAGGACCCCCAGGAGACCCCGGAUCAAGAGGCAUGCCCGGUUUGGAAGGAGAUGCGGGGAUACCGGGAUUUUCGGGGUCGCCAGGAUUUAAGGGAAUGAGAGGAGACGACUGUGGAUAUUGUCAACCAGGUCUAAAAGGUCCCAAGGGCGAACGCGGAGACGCAGGACGGCACGGUCGACCGGGCACGAUCGGGUUCCAGGGGCUGCCGGGUCCCAGGGGUCAACGAGGACCGCCAGGUCUAAAAGGCAAGCUUGGAGACCCAGGUUUAGAUGGGCCACCUGGUUUCGAUGGAAUAGAAGGGCCGCCAGGGGCUAACGGUACCGAUGGGUUGAUACAUUGGCCGCCUAGGUCCAGCACGAUACCGGAUAGGGGAGAUAUCGGAGACAUGGGAUUCAUGGGUCCGGUGGGCCCAGACGGAUCGCCAGGCCCAAAAGGGCUCCCAGGCCAUUACGGAUUUUCAGGCAACAAAGGCGAAAUGGGCGACGUAGGGCUGUCCGGCAUCCCGGGUGUAGAUGGGAUUCCGGGAAUUGGGGGAGAAUUAGGACAAAAAGGAGACCCAGCUGGCAUACCAAAAGAAUUCCUCAGGGGCGAUCAGGGUCUGAAGGGACCUCCGGGAGACAAAGGAGAGGAUGGGCUUCCAGGUCCCCGAGGAUUCCCAGGCGAUGUCGUGGACGAUUUUACUAAAUUAUCAGGAGAAGUUGGCCCUAAAGGAGAGAUCGGACCACCUGGACCAAAAGGUUGGGCUGGGCUGAAAGGCUUCAAGGGCGAUCUUGGUUGGCCAGGCUUACCUGGUUACCCAGGACCUGCUGGAAGAUCGCUGCCAGGGCCACAAGGCGUCAAAGGAUACCCGGGAAUUCCGGGAGAUCAAGGACCCAGAGGAACAGCGGGAAUGCCUGGAAUACCAGGAAUACAGGGUAGACCGGGAGGUCCGGGUCCAAAAGGAGACAGAGGCGACAUGGGUUUAAGCAUCCUAGGCGGAGAAAUGGGAUCUCCGGGACCCGAUGGAGAGAAGGGAGACAUGGGCGACUGGGGGCCAGACGGCGUUCCCGGCUUUUCUGGCAGACCGGGCCCGAAAGGUGAAAGGGGUGGCAAAGGAGCCCCAGGCUAUUCGGGUAUGCCAGGCUUGCCUGGUUUGAAGGGCCAGCAGGGCAUUACGAGAGUCGGCCCUCCAGGAAGACCGGGGCUACAAGGACGGCCUGGGCUACAGGGUCUAUUUGGAGAUGAAGGACCAAAAGGCUACGAUGGAUCUCCGGGACCAAAUGGACUUCGUGGGGCCAAAGGAGAUGCGGGCUUACCAGGACUUCCCGGGCUUGAAGGUGAUGAGGGACCAGCGGGAUGGCCAGGACACAAAGGCAGAGACGGUAUCCCCGGACUCCCAGGACUUCCCGGAGAGAGAGGAAACAUGGGCUUGCCAGGCUAUCCAGGACCGCCUGGUCCUAAAGGAUUCCCGGGAAUGAAAGGAUUUAUCGGACUCAGAGGCGAUGCUGGAUUUCAAGGGUCUCCUGGUUUUCCAGGAGAGGCUGGUAAUGAGGGACCCAGGGGCGACCCAGGCUUCCCAGGCAUACCAGGCCCCAAGGGCGACUCAUCCUUCAGCGGAGAAAAGGGAGAUGAGGGCGAGUCAGGUUUUAAUGGACCUCCAGGUUUUGACGGAAGACCGGGGUUGGCGGGCCUUCCAGGACUUCCGGGAGACGCCGGAAUAGAUAUUGUGGGUCUUCCGGGUUACAAAGGCGAGAAGGGACUGCCGGGUCGGCCAGGCGUGAACGGAAUACCUGGAAGGAAGGGUGCUAGAGGGGAUCAAGGCCCCUUAGGGGCUAAGGGCGAGAGAGGAGACGAAGGAAGGCCGGGGUACCCUGGCGUUAGGGGCAAAGAUGGACUACCGGGGUAUAAGGGUGAAUCGGGCGACAAUGGUGUCACAGGUUUCGAAGGUCCGAAGGGCGAACUGGGCAUGGAAGGAGAACCUGGACUAAUUGGAAGACCUGGAAUGCCCGGUGACAUGGGACUACCUGGACUGACAGGCCCAUCUGGGUCCAAAGGAAUCAAGGGAGAUCGAGGUCUGCCAGGAUUGGCGCCUUACGGAUACGCCGAGAAAGGAGAUAUCGGAGAUGCUGGCAUGAGAGGAUUACAAGGUAUCAAAGGUAUCAUCGGCGACAUAGGGCUGCCAGGCUUCGAAGGUCCUAGAGGAGAACGCGGAGAGCCAGGUUAUCCUGGCUUGACGGGUGAGCCGGGAUAUCCAGGAUUGCCAGGCGUGAGAGGAGAUGAAGGGCCACCUGGACCCCCGGGACUGCCGGGGCAGAACCCUGAGCCUGGAGAGCCAGGAGUUCCUGGAUUCGACGGGUUGCCAGGGUAUCCGGGAACACCAGGACAGAAAGGAGCACCAGGUGAAACUGGGUUCGAUGGGCCACCAGGUCGCCAAGGCAUCCCAGGCUUAGGUUUGCCAGGCGUGAAAGGCCCGAAAGGUGACGAUGGCUUGCCAGGACUCCGGGGUAGGCAAGGACCCUCGGGGGUAGAGGGAAUCAAAGGAAGAACGGGAAGGCCUGGAAGGAAGGGAAUGGCUGGAGACUACGGAUUCGCAGCCACCAAUUUCAAGGGAGAAGUCGGCGAUGUCGGAUUCCAAGGGCCUCCAGGUUACGAUGGCCCCAAAGGUGAUCGCGGCGACUCAGGAUUAAACGGCCUCCCAGGCCAGAUGGGUUCAGAAGGACCGAAGGGCGUGGCAGGAGACAGAGGCAUCGACGGUAUCCCCGGAUUUCCUGGAGGGAUAGGAGAGAAGGGAGAACCGGGAGAUUGGACAAACGAUGCAUCCAAGGGACAGAAGGGCGACGUGGGAUUCCCGGGCAUCGAUGGACCAUCAGGACCUAGAGGAAAAGAUGGCCUGCCAGGGUUACCGGGAUAUCCAGGUGAAAAGGGCAUAAGAGGUGACAGAGGUGUGUCAGGUUUGCCAGGCUUCAAUGGGCCGAAGGGAGAGGUCGGAGAGCCUGGAUACAGAGGGUUGCCUGGUCUAAAAGGUCGAAGAGGACCCAAAGGCAUCGAAGGAGACGCUGCUCCUGCACCUCCAGGUCCUAAGAACAGAGGAUUUUUCUUCACCGUACACUCACAAUCCGUUGAAAUACCGCAAUGUCCUAAGGAUACUGUCAAACUGUGGGACGGAUAUUCCUUGCUGCAUAUUUUGGGCAACGAAAAGUCCCACGGGCAAGAUCUAGGUACGCCUGGCAGUUGUCUCAGGAAAUUCAACACCAUGCCAUAUGUGUUCUGCGAUAUGAACGAUGUUUGCAACUACGCUCAGAAUAACGAUUACAGUUACUGGUUAUCGACGACCGAACCGAUUCCAAUGAUGAUGACGCCGAUAUACGCAAACGAAAUACAAAAAUAUAUCUCCAGGUGUACAGUAUGCGAGGCCCCCACGAGGGUGAUAGCGAUGCACAGUCAAACACUCGAUAUACCCCCAUGUCCCACAGGUUGGGAAGAACUUUGGAUCGGAUACAGUUUCCUUAUGCACACCGACGCGGGUGCGGAAGGUGCCGGUCAAUCGUUGGUAUCUCCAGGCUCGUGUCUCCGAGAAUUCAGGCCGAAACCGUUCAUCGAAUGCCACGGCCACGGCAGAUGCAAUUACUACACGACGGCGGUUUCUUAUUGGCUGGCUGCCAUCGAAGACACGUUCAUGUUCAGGAAACCUAGACCAGAGACGCUCAAGGCUGGAUCUUUGACUCAGAGAGUGGGCAGGUGCUCUGUGUGCAUUAGACAAAGAUACACGAUCCAGAGAAGCAGACCUCCUCCACCUCCGCCUCAAAGAGUGAUCCAUCCCAGUCAAGGCUCCAGUAACCAGCCUCAAUCACCGUCUUACGGAGGUCAGUCGUACGGAGGUCAAAGGAUCUCUCAACAGUCCUUCGCAGGUCAAGGUUCCGGUAGCCAGUCGUUUGCGGGCGGUCAAAGGGUAUCGGAACGCACUUACGCAGGAGGUGCGAGAGUAGGAGAUUAUGGUGGUCACAGAAGCGCGGAGACCUCGUACGGGGGAUCGUAUGGAGGUCAAAGAGGUCCGCAGCCUCCCUCGUAUAUACCAUCAAGCGCUGCGGAAAGUGCUAGAAAUGCGGAGCUUCUACGAAGGCAGAGGUUGAGAGAAGGAAGAAGACGGAGGCCACAACAUCGCUUCAUGGACAGGGAGGAAUCGUAAAUUUCUAGGAAAGAUUAAAACUGUGCCAUAGUCUUUAAUAUACUUAAUUUUAUCCAGGAAUUUUUGUUAUCAACAAACUGUACUAUUCCCCAAACAGUUGUUGAAAGAAUCUCACUUUAAUCUGCAAAGCUUUCAUUUAAAAAAUGCAGACAUAAUGUUUCCAAACUUACUUGAUUCCUGGAUUAAAUAUUGUACAAAUGUCUGUGUAUAAAGUAUAAUUGUGCUAAGAUUUUAUAAUAUAGAUAUUUAAGAAUGAAUGUUCGAUUUCGGCGAGCCUGAGGCCAAGACUUGUUCAUCGGGUCUUAUAACUUCUGAAGCUUGAAGCCCUAUUAGAUCAUUUUUCUGUCAUUAUGAACUUUUGAUUUCCAUGACUACAUCUGAAUUGUCAGAAAAAUUUCCAACUAAAUUACAUCCAUUUCACCGUACUUUUAAUCUCUAAGCAAAUAACAUUGCUUUCAUUUGUUUAAUGUCCUGUAUAUCUUAAAUUGUCGAAAAUAACGUAUCGGAAAAAUGUUGUUAGUGUAUUUUGAGUAUUUAUGGAUUUAUUUUUAUAAAAAAUAAAAUUGAUAUUUAUAUUGAUUGCAUUUUCGUAUGUUGAAUAUAAUCUAAAUUUUGCAGUUUUUGAGAAACUGGUCGUUCAUUAAAAUUAUGUUAAAAUGUGAUCAAAAAUACUAUAUUACACCCACUGCCAUAUGCUACAACUUUCUUGUAAAAAUUAAUUUAGUUUUCUAAAUAAAGGAUUUUAUAAAAAUU